AUGGUUAUCGAUCCACAACGAAAUGACCAAAGAUCAAGAACAUACCCAAGAGUGGAAAAUUCAAGAAAAAAUUAUGCAUAUCAUCCCCUUAAUUUAUUAGUUUAUUUAAAAAGCUAUAACGAAAGUAAGGUUAUUAUUAUUGAAGCAUUAAAAAGAAAUAAAAACGAAUUUGAAAGAGAUCAAUAUGAACAAUUGGUAAAAUUAUUAGUUUUUCAUGUAAUGUUUAGAAUGAAUGAAAUUCAAGAAUCAAUCGAGUUUUUACAAAAUGAUCAAAAUUUAGUAGAUUGGAAAAGAGAAGGCUUCAUUAAAGCAUUGUAUGAAAUGGUACAAAUUAGAGAGAUCGAAGAAAGGAAUCAAAGAGAACAGUUAUUAAAAAAAGAAAAAGAACAAAAAGAUAAGCAAAAAAAGGAAGAGGAAGAAAAGCUUAAACAACUACAACUACAACAGCAACAACAACAACAACAACCUCAACAAAAUAUUAAUAAUGCCACCACUAAUAAUAAUACAAAGUUAAAGGUACUUAGUCUUUAA